GCACCCGAAACCACACCCGUGGGCGCACCGACCCGGUAAUCCCUCUUCGACGGUCGAUGGCGUCGCCAGCUUUUCGCUGUCUCUCGAUCUCUCCUUCCUUUCUCCUUCCCUCCCUUCUCCUUCUCCUCUUCCUUCCAAUCGCUUGUUCCAUUUACUGCGACGAAGACGACUGCUACGAUCUCCUCGGGGUUUCUCAGCAUGCCAAUGCCUCGGAGAUCAAGAAGGCGUACUACAAGCUCUCCCUCAAAUAUCAUCCGGAUAAAAAUCCUGAUCCCGAGUCGAGAAAGCUGUUUGUUAAAAUUGCAAAUGCCUAUGAGAUCUUGAAAGAUGAAGCCACAAGGGAGCAGUAUGAUUAUGCAAUCGCACAUCCUGAGGAGGUAUUUUAUAACACAGCUCGUUACUAUCGUGCAUACUAUGGACAUAAAACAGAUCCUCGAGCAGUCUUGGUGGGCCUUCUUUUGGUUGUUUCUGCAUUACAAUAUCUAAACCAGUGGAGCAGGUAUACACAGGCUGUAAGCAUGGUGAAAAAGACACCAGCUUACAAAAAUAGGUUAAAGGCACUGGAGCUUGAACGCACUGGGGGAGUAACAAGUAAGAAGAAGGGUCAAAAACACUUGGACAAGAAAGUGGAAGAAGAGCUUAGUAAUGAACUCAAAUUGCAGAUCCAUGGAGCUGAGAAACCAACCAUAUGGAAACUUUUUGGUGUCCAAUUUGCACUUCUACCUUACACUCUAGGCAAGGUACUAUUAUGGAAUUCCUGUUGGCUUUGGAGAUAUCAUAUAAAGAAAUCUCCUUACUCAUGGGACGAUGCUUGUUACUUGACACGGGCUAGCCUCAAAGUACCUCCUGAUGCAUGGCGAAAUAUGGAUGAAUCGAUGAAGAGUAAUCUUGUCCAGAGACGCUUGUGGGAGAAAAGCAAUAUGGAGAGCUAUCUAGCAGAGAUGAGAAAAGAAUCAAAAUAUCGAAGAUAGUAGGUUUUUUGCCUUCUUAGAUCAAAUGCCACUUAUUCCAAGUUUUCACUUAUAUUUAGAACUAUCUAGAAAAGGAAAUGUUUUAGUUGGUUAUACCAGAGAAUAUUGUAUUGCACAUUCGGUUUGUAUUUUCAGCAACCAAAAUGUCAUUCAUAUUUAUCAAUUGCAGAUUUUUGAAACUUGACUUAUAGUCAAUGACAUGUUCAUAUCCGUUUUUUUUCUCUA